CUCUCUCUCUCUCUCUCUCUCUCCUCACGCCUCGCUCUCUCUAUUUCUCUUUUCGCCCUUUUUCUCUCACUUCCUCUCUACUCCAUCGCCUCUGCCGACGCCGGAGUCUUGGAUUGGUACAAAAACCCUUGGAAUUGUGCAAAUGGUACGGAAAACCUCUUCUUCAUUGGUAUCAAUAUAUGUAGUUGUGGCAUGAUACUUGGAUUGAUCUCCUGUAGAGUUGAAAGGAGUGGCCUUUCAACUGUUCGACAAAUUGCCUCAACGGUUUCGGCUCUUUAGUUGUGGCUAUAAGGCGGUAGCGAAGACGGGUUCUCUUUGUUGUGUGGCCGCGAGGCCGCAUGGCCCCGGCACGGCGAGCCGAGAUUGGUCCAUGGGCCCGAGCGAGCCCUUUUGGCGGGCGAACACGAGCUUCUCGCCGCCCCUCUCGCGGAGGUGGGACUAUCGGCUUCACUCCGAAGGCUUUUCGUCCUUUGGUUCUCAAGGCGAAGAUGGAGGCCCGAAUUAUAGCUCAUCUAUGUCUUCUAAUAAGGGGAGUAGUUGGGAAAGGGUUGAGCUUCUUCCUACCCAUCCUUAUUCUGCUUCGGAUGGUGGUGCUUCCGAUUUUAGUAGCCCAAAUGAUAGUUUCCAGCGUCGGCAAUUGAUGCAGUCCCUUGUUCAAGGGGCUAACAAUGAAGAGUUUGUGAGAGAACUAUCAUUUGAGCCUCUGGCCUUUUCAACAUUGGUGGAGGGAACUUCAGGGCUUCCUUACAGUGGUGGUUCAACUUCCUCUCGUUCUGAUGGAAGCGUCGAAUACGAGCUUCCAUUAAAAGCACUUCGCCACAACACCCUAAACCGCCGCUCUUUCAUUUCAAAGCCUGUUCACCCGCUCUCUUUCCCCGACCACUCUAUUGCAUCAUCCAAUGCCACUCAGAAUUCUGAUUGGAAACAAAAUCAAACUUGCAAGGAGCUUUGGUCGCCUAAUACUCAAACUGAAUCUUUGCAAUUUAGUAGUACAAGCAGUAUUGAUUUAACAGAUGCUUCUGAAUCUCUGGAAUCUAUAUUUCUCAGCCCUUCACGAAUGAAUUCCAAGUAUGGAAGCACCAAAUGUGGGCUUUGCGAGAGAAUAUUAUCUAAGCGAUCACCGUGGGGUUCUCGUCGGAUUGUUCGAAGUGGAGAUAUGCCAACCACCAGUAUUCUAUCAUGUGGACAUGUUUAUCAUGCAGAGUGCUUAGAGAGAACCACGCCUAAAACACAUAAACACGAUCCUCCUUGUCCUCUAUGUGAGAAGUCAUUGGGGAAUUUCUAUGAGCAGUGGGCGGUCUGCCGGUUAAAGAAUGGGCUUCCAAGGUUAAGGUCGUUAGGGGAGGAAGGGCCUUCGAGGGUUUGGAGCUGUGCCCAGGUCGGUGAUUGUGUUGAAGGAGCUCUACAUGGGCCUAAGAGUAAUAGUAUGUUGGUGUUGAGCCGGAAUCGUCUAAAGAGGCAUUUGAUAUUGAAGGGUAAUUCAGGUAAGGAUAGGGCAGAGAGUUCGAAGGGAAGUGGAGCCUGCUCACCUCAAGUGUUUUAGCUAGUGGUUUUUCAUGUUGCUGUUGAAUGGAAGCUCAGGUUAGGAUUGUAAAUCUCUGGUUGAUGGUGGUCAUUGUUUUCCAGAUGGGAGGUUGUGUAGUUGAUGAAAGUUUCCUAAUUUAGAUUGUCCAUAAGAAUUUGGUUCUUGUAUUAGAAGCUUUUUUUUAUCACAAAUCACCUGAUUUUAAGUAUUAGCUUGUCAUUAAGCUUGGAUUGCAUGUCCUGAAUUCUGUUCGACAAAAUCCCAACUUAAAAUGAGCUGUUUACAUAUCCGUGUCGGGGUUAUAUUUCUCUA